GGUUCAGUCGGGUGUACGUGGACAUUGAAGCUCUGUUUAUGGCUUUUCUUCAAUAUGUAAGUGGUAAAAUCUAAGAUCAAUGUGGAUGCAGACAAAAGGUUUCAUCUCAGAAUCACUCAGUGAAGUUAUCCGAUUUGCGACAGUUGAACUUCAACUUCGAUAGGACAUUGACUCUUAGCGAGCUAGUCAGCCGACUUCAAAAGAAUACUGCACCGUUUGUCUUUGAGAAAUAUUUAAUAUUUUAUUGUAUUUUCCUGUGGACUGUCUUUUUCGUGUAAAAACCAUUACUCUUGAAACGGCUAACGUAACGAAUUGUCACGUCAUCGCCACUGACAUACUAUUUUUAUCUUCCAAUCACAGGUCGGUGCAAUUCCUGUAUUUAGCUGCUAGUCUCCUGUUGGUUCGCGCCAUGUUUUCGAAGAAAACAAACUGAGCAUGAUCCCUGGUUCAGUCCGCGGACGAACACUGGCGAAGUCGCGGGCUCCCGUAGAUACAAGCAAACAAAGAUGGCGUUCAACAGACAACCAGUUGCUAAAGGAGGGUUAUGGUCGACUCAUUCGGCCCCUGUUAGUAAAGAAACGCAAAAUUUACUCAGAGGUAACAAACAACUAACAAGAGAUUACCCUAGAAGCAAUUCAGGCUCGUAAUGUCAUUCAUACAUGCAGAUAUUUUAAUUUUUGACUGCAGUUAUGAUGGACGAAUCCAAGUUGACUAAUUUUCAACGGAGACAGUUACAGGAAAACAUGAAAAGUAAGUCUUAUCUCCCCCAUGAUAUUGUCAUUUAUGUUUUAUAUGCAUUAUAAUGUAGAAUCUAAAAGCUAUAUUUGAUGUCAAAAAACCCUUUUACUUGGUCAGUAUAAUAGGUGGUUUUCACGUUACGUCAUCGCCGCCAUGCUGGUGGACGGUAAACAAAAGAUCGUUCAUUAGCUUGCCUUGUUUGUCCACCAGCAUUUGUUCAUUUCACUAUUGUUAUUUGUGUCUCCCGUAAUUGCAUGAAAACCACCUAUUAUGUAAGCUUACUCAAGUAGAAAGUAAACUUAAUAUUACCGGUAAAAUAAAAGCUCAUAAUUUAAUUAUGAGCUUUUAUUUGCCUAGUCCCUAUACGGCGUCUUUCCAAGCCCUCUCGGUCAAUGCAUUUCGGUGACGUAUCCGAGACGAACGGCCGGGAGACGCCUAGACAAUCUCGGAGUGCGCAUGCGUGAGCAUUUUUGAAAAGUUCCCAUGUUCAACUGAAAUAAUCUAUAAAUAACUUUGCGUGUGAAUAUCCUUGGCUUAAAGAUCGGCACUAUUAAAUCUGGUUUCUGUUAUCAAAGAACAAAAAUAUUGCUUUGAAUUGGAAAGAAUACUACGGUAUAACGUGCAAGUAAUUUCUCUUUUAGUUCAUUUUUAAAUGAACCAUUAAAAUGAUAUUUCUCUAUUGAUAAAAAGAUUUGAAACAGUAGUUUGUUGACAUUCUACCAAAUUUAGAGACCAAAUUCAACAGCCUGUCCAAUUAGUUUGAUAAGCUUCCAAAUCGGAAAAUUAAAUUACAUAAAAUAUUUCGAAGUGAAAUGAUAACGAGAAAUUUAUAGGAGCAAGCGAAAAUAGAGAAACGAAAGAUAGCUUUUCAUAUUCAAGAUUAAAUAUAAACUUAUUUCUUUAGCUUACCUUCUGAUUCUUGAUCAAAUAAUUUUUUUGCGACGCUGUUUUGCUUAGCCUACAAAUAGUUUUUGAGAUGAAAUAAAGUUCAAAUUAGUUCAAUGAGAUAAAUGAAAAAGAAAGGCCAAAGGACUUUCAAGAGUGAAAACGUGCAUAGAAUAAAAAUGCUCGGUUCAACUCUUUAUCCUCUGUACUUUCCAUGGCUGCUGGACAUCUUUCAUCAGCGCGGAAAAGUUAUUGACAGCUCGCCCGCUUCCAAAAGCUCCUCCCCAAGUGAGACAAAAUGUCUCACUUCUCCGAGUUUGUCUAGGCCUCAAAAACUUUCUCGGACCACGUGACCCGUCCACCUUUUGGAUUUUAUCUCGGUCCAUAACUUCAGAUUAAAUCGCAGAAAAGAACUUGCUUUAUCAUUAGGCUUAAUAUUAAUACAAUAUCUUAUCAGGUGAAAAGGUUCGGAAGUGAGCACAGCAGAUGAGUGAUAUAAUUAUUCUUCAACACUCAAGGAGGAAUUUUGUACAGUUUAUCUCCAUGCACCCAUGUAAUAACCACUAUUUAUGUUAAAGUCAACUCUCUUAACCCCUUAAGUCCCAAUAGUGACCAAGAUCAAUUAUUUUCUCCUAACAAUAUCCAUACAUUGUCAACAGAUAAGUCAUGAGAAUUGAUAAAAAGAUCACCAAAGAGAAAAUGCCUUGAUCUAUUAUCAAAUUCUCUCAACUAAUUCUUUAUGGAAAUGUAUGGAGAUCAGUUUGGAGAAUUUGUAUGCGGAUAAUGAGGCUGAAAGGGUUAAAGACGUGGCAAAGGAUCCAAAUAUGAAUUUUAAUAUAUUUUAAAAAGAUUUAUAGAGAAGUGGGAUAAAGUUUUUUAAAUGUGACAUUUCCUUGUUAACUCUGCUGUUCAAAUUUCAGGAGGUGAAUCUCUUCCAGUGUCAUGUAAUCCUACCUCAAGUAGAAGUGAGAGAAGUCAACAGAAUAGUGCACCCAAGAAGCCCUUACCCAAGGUCAUGAAUGCAAGGCAUCUCUCUGGUGGAAAGCGAUCAAAAGAUACAAUUGAUAUGCACAGGAGCAGUGUUCCACAGGAGAUUUACAGACCUUCUCCAGGCAGUAUGUUCAUCUUAGCUGUCACUUAUGGACCUUUUGCAUUAGUUGGUCACAUAAUCAACUUUCUGUUAACACAAAAACAGGUAGCUUUAGAAAAAUGAUUUUAGCAGGAACGGAAAGAGCAUAUUAAAACUAGGUAACCUGUAAAUUUUCAGCCAUAUAUCUCAAAAGUAGAAAUGAAAGAAAUAGCAGAAAUCUGAAACUAUUAACGUUUGUACAGUUGUAUGGUUUUUAGGGGUAAUUAUUAAAGCUACAAGUGCCAAGGAUGAUAACAGUGUACAAAUGACUUACUGAAUUAAUUUAUGCUGGAGGUAGAUAAGACAUCAGAAUGAAUUUGGGAAAACAGUUUGUAAAGACAUGGCCAGAGAAAAAGAUCAACUAUCUGCUCAGUUUAUGCAAUGAAAAAACACUAGAAUAGUCCCUCCCCCCUCUCCUACCAUCAAACAUCCUGUUGACAGCAUGGGACAGACAUUGUGCAGUUCUUUGCUUCUUUGCAAAAACAUUCCAAUACAUGUACCUCAAACACCUCAUUAAAAAGGUCUUUUUUACUUUCCAUUUCCUGGAGCAAGAGGGGAUGGGAAAAAGAGAGACUUUGGAAUCAUAGUUAAUGCGUUACAUUGGACUGUGUUUUCAGAAAAGCCAGGCAAGAUAAAGCAAAUCCUGUGUUAUGAAUGGCUACCUGAGUGGGCGAGAUAAACCCACUUGGAAUUUCCCACAUUGUUCCUGCAAGAAAAAGUUCGUUUUUGGCCAUGUAAUAAAACCUUUAUUGGUCAAAAUGGCUGAAUGUUGGCCUCUCUUAUUUUUUUGCACUUUUUACUGACCUUGAAAAAUGCAAAAAUACUUUGACCAAUAGUUCAGCCAUCUUGACCUCAAACUUAAAACAUUAUUUGCCUACCUGUUGGGUCUUUACAGCAAGUGUGGAAGCAGAAUGUUGAAAAGUGAAAUGUCUGAUGUUGACUAAUGUAUAUGUUCCCUUAUAGAGUCUAUUUCAGAGCAAGAUAAAAGGAGGCUUCAAAAUGUUAUGGCCUAUGGAGAGGAUGGAAAAAAUAUUGAGGAUAUACCAAAGCAAAGACGACCUUCUCCCACAGCGAGGGCACAAGAAAAAGAAAUUGAUCGGUUUGAUGAAGGUAAAUAUGACUCUGCCCACCUUGUUUAAUUUCCUAUACAGCCUCACUUUGUGUCAAACAUUUCAUUAUUAAUUAAGGUAAAGUUUGUACAUAAACAUUAAUUUUAUUGUUAAUUGUGUCCACUUACUAAACAUGCUGUUCUUGAUUGGUCUGUCCAGCAGGUUUUAUUUCACUGUGUGGCCUCAAAAAAAUUGUAAAGCUCUUAUUUCAUGAAGUGGACUAUUAAUAUGCUUUUUAAACUGCACUGGAAAUAAUUUUGUCAAAUGAGAUUUCAAGUUGCUGGUUAAACACAACAAGCACAAGUAGAUGGGGAAUCAAACAGAUAGGGAUUUCUUCUUUUUUUCUUCUAUUUUUUGAAAGAACCAGGGGGUCACCUUCAUGGUAGCCUUGGGAUAUCCCCAGCCCCCUACCCCGAGCCCUUAAUGAGAGCCCUGAUUUUUUUUUCAUUUAGAUUUGUAUUCCCUCAGUUUGCAUCAUCCUUUUUCUCUGUUUCAUUCCUUUUUCUUGUUGAGAUGAACUCUACAAAUUUGCCCACUCCCUUUCAAUGAAAGGGUCUUCAUAGUUCCUUUGGUAGGGAAGUGUAGCUACGUGAGGCCAUGGUUUUAAAUCCUGUUGAAGCCCUUAACUUUGUGUUUGGGCUCUUUUUUACUGCUAUUAAAACUGCGAUGGUCGUAUCUUAUCUUGGAUAGAUUUUUCAUUCCAGCAGUUCACUUCUGUGAUCUUCAUUCUACUUUGCUUUGUAUGCUGUGUUAAACAAAUUUUUGAUCAUUUCUCAUGUUUAGGAUUUGACGUGCAUCAAUCAGCCUGGCUGUUUUGCUUAAAUUGAAGUCUUCUCCACUCUUCUUAAUCCACAAGAUUUUAUUUAUAAAAAUAAAAAUUGAACCAAAAUUGAUAUUUAUUCUUGUUGUUUCGUCAUGUAGUUCUUCAAGAAAUAGAGGAUAGGAGAGGCUUUCUAGAUGAAAUGGAAAAGCUUGGGGAAGGCAAAAAAUACAGAACUAUUAUAACGACAGAGAUAUCACAGGUAAUCUGAUGCCAUGACACUACUUGUAAAAUAAUAGUCUUAUAAUAAAAGGGAUAUUCAGUGGCGGAUCUAGGGGAGGGAACCCUGUGCCCCCUCUUAUUUUUAGACCAAACUGAGGCCCAAAGGGCCAAAAAAAUUUUUUUGGGGGGGACCGGGCCUCCCUUAUCUAAGGUUCUGGAUGACCCCCCCCACCCAUCUCAAGGUUUGGAUGGAGUUUGGUCUUCGAAAUUAAAGACGGUAAUAAAUAUUAUAGCUUAAUAAGGGUCUGGUAAGUAGGUAUGGAGACUUCCAACAUGUGCAAUUACGCGUUGGUUAUCGAUUACGCUUGUUUACAAAUAUCUCCUUUCGAAACAGUGAUUUUAUAAUGUUCCUGGACCAUUCCUCCAAAUAAAAUUGGCAAACAUGCACAAGAAAACAUUUUCCUAAUAAAAUUACCAAAAAUCCUUCGUGUGUUUGCGCAAGAUAUGUUUUAUGGAAACAUCGACUUGUCAACGACUUGUCAAUGUCGGCAACUUAAACUAAACCUGUUGUCAACGCAAAUUAAUAUGUAUUGUCUAAUGACCAAUCAAAUGCCUGUGUUGCUGGUACAAUGCACUCCUUGAACGCGAGCUGCAGUGAUGUUAUUACAGUCCCUCUAUUUUUCUCAUCCCCCCACCCAGAGCUAUAAUCCCCGACGCCUGCCCCCUCGGUACAUUUGAAAAUCAAGAUACCUGUGACGGUAAGACACGGUAUAUCUAAGCGAUCUCGCUAAUAAAUAGGGGACUGUGAACAGUCUAGUUUGGGUCUUACAUUAUACACAUUAUGGAAACACAGUGAAUAAUAAUUGCAAAAAAAACUAUAUGAAAGAAUACCUGGAAUAAUGCUGCAAGUGUCUUGUGAUAAACUGCUAGUUUUUCCUUCUAAUUUGCAAGUCUUAGCUAAAAAAAAGGCAGAAAUAAGGGAAGGUUCCUCCUCGCUUCCUUGUUUGGCAUGCAUGGGCUUGCUGCUGGGUUCCAAAGAAUACUUGGGGGUUAUGUUGUUAUGAACCCUUUCCAGGGCCAUCGAGAAGGGCUGCUCAGGGUGAGUGAUAAAAUGCUCAUUUAAACUAGCCUCUUAAGCUAACGACUUGGUUGCCAUGGAGGUGGCUUUGUUUGCUUGGCUCUCCUCAGACCACUCGUCUUUGCAUCCCUUUGCUAUUCAUUAUCCCAAAAGCAUAGAACACGACUAUUCUCUGCCUAAUGGUUGAAUCCAGCAUUGCCAUCUCUUCAGUGUUGAAUACAUUAUAAACCCACAUAUAAGAAUCUAGAAUUUUGAGGUCAGGCUGAACAGGUUCUUAUAUUUUAGGGUAGUUUUUCACAAUUCAGGCUGAUUAGGUUCUUAUUAGGUUGUCGUAGUGUAGCCAUUGGCAGAAAUAUUGUACUACUAAUACAUAAUACUUGAUGGAAAACAUAUACACUAUAACUUUUUGUUAGAAGUUUCUCACACAAUUAAAAUCCAGAAUUUGACCAUCAAAAUUGGAGUGAUUUUUUUUGUAUAAGAACCUAUUUUUCUUUACCAGGCUGAACAGGUUCUUAUAUUUUUGGGUAUUUAAAAGCCAAAUUUCAGACUGUAGGUUCUUAAAUCACUAGGUUCUUACAUGCGGGUUUUUACUGUAGCUUUAAGGUGCCAAGGUUGUUUCUGACUAACUGUCCAGCAGUUGCCUGCUUUAAUCCUUGAUUGGUACACCACUGAUUGAGAUCAAAACUUCCGUCCACAUGUACCGGUGCUUAUUGAUAUUUAAAAUGUAUGAUUAUGCCAUGUUAAAUUUUUUAUUAUUGUACUUUCAGUUGGGGAGUAGUAACGGGCAAGGGAACAUCAUGCCCCUUAAUUGAUUGGCCUAGGUUUAUGACUCAGUAGAAGUAAUAAUUAUAAGUGUUGUUCCUCUUUCCACAGAAAAUACGAGAACUUGAGCUUAUUGAUAAAGAAAGAAGCAAAGAACUCAAUCUUGCUGAACAAAACCAGUGAUGAACCUCAUGGAAUAAAGGAUUGAUUUGGUUUAGAACAAAGCAAAAUUUCUUACGAUGUGCUACACAUGGGAUACAAAAUAGGCAGUGUCUUGUAAGAUAUAUUCCUUUUGUUGGCUCUUCAAAUUGGACCAUUUUCAUAAAGAUGGCUGCUGAGAGAUACAAGACAUAUUACUUGACAGUUUAACUCUUGUGCAGUGUGCAAAACAGAAACAAUGGAAAUGAUGUACAAAGCAAGUUAUAGAUAAUCUACAAACAGAAUCCAGUGGCAAUCUUCAGAGCUGUCUCAUCUGCAAACAAGUGAGAUGAGCAAAAUGGCUGCCAGCAUGACCUGUAAACCUUUUUGUUUGACUGCUUGAAUGUGUCAACUGAAGUGCUUGCAGGCAAGUGAUGUUAAGGUAACUUGGUGACAUAAAAAGAAGACUUCAGAUAGAAGUUCUACGGGGUGAUCGGCUCUAAUGUCAAACAGUAAAAGGUAAAGCAAACGGUCUCACACAUGUACAGC